GGUUCAACCAGCGAGACUUUCUCUUCUCCUUCUCCUGGUCGGUUUCCUGUUGGGGAGAGAGAGAGAGAGAGAGAGAGAGAGAGAGAGAGAGAGAGAGAUUGUUUCCAGCCAGAUAACCCUCCUCAUAUAUACUGCAGCUCUUUUUCAGACUCAUCUUCAAGUCAGAGCUCCGGAGAGAAACCAGCUGUCUGUCAGUCCUGCUGCGCCCUGCACGGUCCUUCCGCAAGGAUCCACCGGUGCGUGAGGACUCCAAGAACCCGCUUUUAAAACCACUGAACGGGGGAAACAAUGAAGAUGCUGCUGCCUCUGGUAAUCCUUCAGCUGCUCUUGGCUCCAGCACUCACGGUGCCCGGUGUGGAUCACUGGGACACGUGGGGUCCUUAUGGAGAAUGCAGCCGUAGCUGUGGCAGCGGCGUGACCUUGAGAACCAGACGCUGUAUCACCCACAGGACUGAUGGAGGACACAACUGUGUGGGACCAGACAAGUCUUACCGCUCCUGCAACAUCCAGGACUGUCCAGAGGGAUCCAAGGAUUUCCGUGAAGAGCAGUGCUCCCAGUUUGAUGGGACUGACUUCCAGGGGAAGCGCUACAAGUGGCUCCCAUACUAUGGAGCUGAGAACCCCUGUGAGCUGAACUGCAUGCCAAGAGGAGAAAACUUUUACUAUCGUCACCGCAGCACUGUGGUUGACGGUACACCCUGCCACCCUGGGCGGAGGGAUGUUUGUGUGGAUGGAGUCUGCAAGCGUCUGGGCUGUGACAACAUGUUGGAGUCUCCCCAGCAGGAAGACCCCUGCCUGCAGUGUGGGGGUAACGGACAGUCCUGCUACCCUGUCAAGAACAGCUUCUCUGUACGCAACCUGCCAACUGGCUACAACCAGAUGUUCAUCAUCCCUGUUGGAGCCACCACCAUCAGCAUCAGGGAAACAGUGGCCACACGCAACUACCUUGCUAUCAAGAACCUGCGUGGUGAGUAUUACCUCAAUGGCCACUGGGUAAUUGAGUUUUCUAGGGCGACACCCAUUGCUGGAACCAUGCUGUACUACCAGCGAGGAGCCGAGGGCGACAGCAUCCCUGAAACCAUCAUCGGCCGCGGACCCACCACUGAACCCCUCGUUGUUGAGCUGAUCAGCCAGGAGCCAAACCAAGGAGUGGAGUAUGAAUUUUAUCUCCCUAAUGGACGCUCCAGAGAGGGCUAUUACUGGAGUUUUGGAUCCUGGUCUGCCUGCAGCAGGGAAUGUGGAUCAGGCUACCAGUCUCGUUUGGUCUUCUGCACCAUUGAUAACGAGGCCUACCCAGACUAUCUCUGUGCAUCUCUGCCGAGGCCACAGACCAACCGCACAUGCAACCCCCAUCAAUGCCCGCAGAUUCGCAGCUGGAGAACCGGUGAGUGGAACACCUGCUCAGUUACCUGCGGUGGAGGCUCUCAGGUGCGCACCGUGGAGUGCAUCUCUCACGAUGUUGCAGGCCCCCGCGUGGUAGAGGAUGCCAUCUGUGCCGCCUACACCGAGGCACCACCCUCUCUGCAGACCUGCAACAUGCACAAGUGUGCAGAGUAUCGUGCAACUAGAUGGAGCGCGUGCUCGGUGACGUGUGGUCCAGGUGAACAGACCAGAGAAAUCACCUGUGUUGGUUCAGGAGGAAUGAGGCUAGAGGAAACAUCCUGCAGCACUUUGCUCCGCCCGCCUGCAGUCCGACCCUGUGAGAUGGCGGCCUGCCUGAAACAGAUCGACUGGCACGUCGGAGAGUGGGGACUGUGCUCUAAGAGCUGUGGCUCCGGCUCGAGAGAUAGACGAGUGAUCUGCUCAGACCAAGAGAGGAACCUGUACCCUGUGGAUCAAUGUAACGCCCAAGCCAAACCCACCACAGUAGAGCGCUGCAACAGCCAGCCCUGCUACAGCCCACAAUUGGUUCCCAGCACUCAGGACCCACAAGGACACGACAACACGCAGACUGUUUUCCAGCCCUAUGUGCCAGACCACGCAACAGUUCGCAGGCCAGACACGGAUCCGACCCAGACGAACACAGUCCAUGACCCUCACAGCUCUGUCCUGGCCCUCCACUGCAGCCAGUCCUAUUAUGGCUGCUGCCCAGAUGGACGCACUUCAGCCGGGGGCCCCCAGGGUCUGGGCUGCCCACAGAUCCAAGCUCCCACUGCUUCCCAGCCAUCCUGCAUUCAGACCAGUUAUGGCUGCUGCCAAGAUGGAGUGACGGCUGCUCAGGGCCCCAAUAAGGAGGGCUGUGUGGAGUAUGUGGCCCUUGCACCCACUGUUCCUUCUCUUCCCACUGAGAAUGCAGUACAGUGCCGUACCACCACCUACGGCUGCUGUUACGACCGCACCACACCUGCAGGAGGACCCAACGGGGAGAGCUGCCCCAACCCACCCAACCACAUUGAGCGCUCCAUCUGCUCCCUGCCUCGUGCUGCCGGCUCCUGCAGCAGCUGGACACCACGCUACCACUAUGAUGUCAUCACCUCCAGGUGUGUGCACUUCUGGUACGGAGGUUGCCACGGCAACAGCAACAACUUCAUGAACCGGGCCGAGUGCCAGAGGGCGUGCCAGGUUGCUGCCCCGAGCCAGCAGGGCCCGGGAUCGGUCGCUCCCGCCGGAGGGCCGACUCCUAGGAGAGAACCCACAGCUGGAAGGACCGCAUCAGGAGCAGGCACCGCAUCUGGAGGAGGAGCUAGAGCAGGGGGAUCCACCUCUGGAGGGUCAACAGGUGGAGGGUCACGCAACAUGGGGAGGAUUUUCACAGUCCAAGGAGGUUCCACCAGCGGCACCAGCAGACAGGCCACGAGUGCGGCCACACAUGCCCACAGAGCUAGAGUCCAUCUGCGGCCCCGCCGGCCUUCCCCUGCUACUGCUGCACAGCACACCGGCCCAGCAGCGAGUUUGACGCUGGGAGGAGUGACCAUCGAUAAGACUGACCCCUCUACAGUGGAAGCUUUAGUGGGCCAGACAGUUGUGAUGCCGUGCAGAGUCAGCCCGCCGCCGUCCUCCACUGUCACUGUGGAGUGGAGAAGAGAUGGCAUCCCUCUGUCUACUCACAGGCAUCACCAGCAGCCAAAUGGCUCCCUGCUGGUCGGUCCUCUCACUAAGUCAGACUCUGGUUGGUUUUUGUGCCUGGCUACUCGUGAACAGGAGAGAGACCACCGCUACAUUUAUCUGUCUGUCACAGAGGGAUCGUCUCCACUGACUCCCACCUCAUUGCCCAGAGAUGGACCUUUCCCCCGGUUCAGUAUUGAGCGAUCAAGCUCCUCUUUGCUGGAAAUGCGAUCAGGACAAACUGCCAGACUUCCCUGCCAGAUUGUCCCUCCGUCAGCGGCUCAGUCUGUCAAUAUUCAGUGGACUAAAGAUGGACAGACCCUCAGUAACUCCAGGUAUAUCAAACAUUCAGACGGCACGCUGAUCGUCGGCCCUCUGAAGUCUACAGACUCUGGUGUUUACACAUGCACAGCCUCCACUCAGCAGCAGCUGGAGCAGAGACAGCUGCAGCUCAGAGUCCAAACGGACCUGAAGAUCACUACAGCUCCCAAUAACAUCCAGGUGUCUGAAGGCAGCACUGCUCUGCUGCCCUGUGUGGUGUCAGGAGACAAUGUCAAUAUAGGCUGGUCCAGGAAUGGUGUACCGGUGCGUCCAGACGGUCGUAACAUCCUGACGUCUUCUGACGGCAGCCUGAUCUUGAAUAACGUGAAGCCUUCAGAUGAGGGCACUUACACCUGUAACGCUUACACCGGCAUCUACUCUGUGAGUGCCACGGCUGAAGUUAGAGUCACUAAAGACACACAACAAGGUGUUGAUUUGCCGCCAGAAUGCGUGGACCAGCCCGAUCUUGCCAACUGCGAGCUGAUAGUUUACGCCCGACUCUGCUCUAACUCGUACUACUCCAGUUUCUGCUGUGCCAGCUGUACCCGGCAUUCACAGAAGAACGACAGGUUUGGUCGGCUAGGCUGAAGCCGCAGAGGGUUUAAAAACUCUGGGAUGGGGUGGGAGAGGGGAGAGGGAAGAGGGGAGAGGGGAGAGGGGAAAGGGGAGAGGGGAGUGUUUCAGACAUUGAAGUUGUUUUUAACCAUCCAACUUCUGCAAUUGCCAAAAGGACAUUCAUAUCUGACCCCGGCUGUGCAGAAUCACAAUUCAAGAAUUCCAUGAAAAAGGGACCGAUUGCUGUAGCUGUAGUUAAAUCUGUCAACCGGGAGUUUUGCAGAGUGUGAACACUUUGUUCAGGGAGUCUGUUUGUACACUGCUACAUUAAACACUGAAUUAUGGAAACAUUAAAUAGGAGCCUCAAAAUGAAAUGUACCAUGUAAACCUGUAAAGUUUGAAUGUGAUAAAGUCAAACUCUGCCACGUCUUUAACAUAAGUUAUUUACUCACUGGACCUACUGUACGUGUUCUCUGUUUUCUAGAGAAUUAUGAUGGAUUUACUUUGAGGUUUUUAAAUCCAGUAAACCUUUCACAUGUGAAAUUAUUACCAUCUCCUCUGUGCUGUUUUGACCACUGCUCUUUUUUAAUCUAUAUUUUGGCAUUUCACUGAUAAAGGGUUGUAUUUUCUCUUUGCAUUGUUUAUUUUUAUGUAAUUAUUUUAAAAUAAAAACAAUAUUUUGAUAAAAAAAAAAAGCUCCUGGUGGUUUGAAUGAGUGAAUCCUGCAUGACUUGCUGUUCCAGUUUGUACCACAAGGGGUCACUUCUUCUGUGUCAAAUAUUAAUGUCAUAAUCAUCAUUUACUCUUUUAACAUGUUGCUUCAAAAAAUUAAGUAUGCACUUCUCGAGGCACCACUGCACAACUGCAUGUAGUGUCAGAAAACAAUCACCAUGAAAUAACCCUGAACACUAAAAUGAUAAAUUAUAUUUUAGUUUUUUAACACAUACAUAUCAACAUUAUCACUGUCAAACCUAAAUCAUGUAUGCUGUGUAUAGACAUUUAUACAUGCAUCUAUUGUACAUAAGCAACUACUGCAUGUCUCUAAAAUAUUCUUUGUAUUCUUCUUUACAAUUUACAGAAACAAUUUCACUUGUAAAUAGACAUUGUAUGUUAUUGGUCAUUGUUGAUUUUUACAAAUAUUUAUUUAUACAGCUUUUUUUUCAACAAUUUGUAUGUACAUAAUCAAUCAAUCAAUCAAUAAAUAAAUAAAU